AUGAAAUUUUUGUUCAAUUUUUUUACAUUGAUCACUGCAUCUAGCACAGAAUAUCUAAACAUGACGAUGACGCAUGAAGGAGAAUACUUAAACAGUUUAUAUCUAAACGAACUAUUUAAAAAUGACAGUUCUUAUGAUUGUGACUAUAUGGCAUUGAUAAAUGAUGAUGAGUUAAACUUUAAAAUGCAAUUUUUUCCACAAAAUAUAAUGUAUAAGAAUGUGUUUAUUAAAUAUUCUGAUGAUGACGUGCUGGGUAAUUUUGUUGAUCCAAAUCUUGUUUUACCAUAUUCUUUGUGUACUUAUGUAAUAGAUGAAAUGUGUUCUUUACCUCUAAUAAAUGUAAAAAAACUAUUUUACAAAAGUAGGUUAUCAAAAAAAAAAAAAAGACUUUGCAAAUUUAUUAAACACGAUCAUUCAUACUGUUUUAGAAAUAAAAGGAAGCACUAA